AUGGAGAAAGAACGUGAAAAGAAAGAAAUAGAGGAGGGCCAGAGGCACCAACUUCCUCAAAUGUCACCGAUAAAACCGGUGAUUAGUGAAGCAUAUGGCGGCGGUAUGUACGGGAAGGAGCCUGGAGAACCGGUAAAAGAAGGGCAGCCACCAGCGAGCGACACUCAAAGUGCUGAUGGGCCGGUUGAGGAAACCACCGAGCCGAAGCACAAACCUCCGCCUUCUACUGGUGACCGAGAUCUCGAUAUCACUGGCCAAUCUUAUAUUCAGUGA